ACAGAACUGUGCCGUUAUCUAAAUGUCAUUAUUCAUAGGGGGAAAAAAUAAAUAUUCAUUUAUACUGAGGAGAUUUGCAUUAUUAUGGCACGAUCUGCUUCAAGAAUAGCAGCUAUAUCGCAUCAGUGUAAAAAUCAUCAUUUACAGCCUGAAUCAGAAAAUUAUUAUUCUGAGAAGUUGCAGAUGCCAGUUGGAGACAUAGUUUGUGAGAAUAAUCCAGAGGUAGCUGAACAGUUUCUGAGAGAGAUGUUACAUAGGGUUGAUGGAUUGCUGGCUGUUAUGAUAACUGAUCGUGAUGGGAUUCCUGUAGUUAUGAGCAGAACAGGAAAAGUACCUGAUGUAGUUUCCAAGCAAAAUUUUCUUGCAUCUGUGAGUCUAGCUAUCGAACAAGCUGGAAAACUUGGAUGUGGGAAGAAUCGCCGAAUUAUGUGCAUGUUUAACAGUUUCCAGGUUGUACACUUUAAUAAAUCUCCUCUGAUGGUCAGUUUAGUAGCAAGUGCUGAAGCCAAUACUGGACUUUUGUUGAGCUUAGAAUCAGAAUUAAAUGAUUUCAUAGAAGAUUUAAAAGCUGUGAUCGACAUUGGAAAUCAUUGAGGAGGAGGAGGAGAAGAAAUGAGUUUCGUAUAUAUUUAUGUUCCUUUUUUUAAAUUUUAUUUUGUUUGUGAUAAGAAUUGAAAUUCUCACUCAAUGUCAGCAGUGAACUACUUUCGUAUAGAGCAUUAACAGAAAAUUUGUAUAUAAGAUCUUAAUUUUUUUGUAACAUGUAAAAUAAAAUAUUUUCUAAUAUUUA